AUGGCUGGACGGAUCUCUGCAGCCCUCCGGGUCCCUCCUCGUCCUCCGCUCCGGGUCCCUCCUCCUCCUCCGCUCCGGGCCAGAACGGGCUCCUGGUUAGUGGUGGAAACGGCAGCUGAUACGGGGCCCAGACCACCUGUCCUGGCAGAGAAUGUCCUGAGACUGGAAAACAUCAGGGCCUCAUCGUCUCCUCCGGGCGCCUCCUCGUCUCGGCUCCUCCUCCGGGCGCCUCCUCGUCUCGGCUCCUCCUCCGGGCGCCUCAUCGUCUCGGCGCCUCCUCCGGGCGCCUCAUCGUCUCGGCGCCUCCUCCGGGCGCCUCAUCGUCUCGGCGCCUCCUCCGGGCGCCUCAUCGUCUCGGCGCCUCCUCCGGGCGCCUCAUCGUCUCGGCGCCUCAUCGUCUCGGCGCCUCCUCCGGGGGCCUCAUCGUCUCGGCUCCUCCUCCGGGCGCCUCAUCGUCUCGGCUCCUCCUCCGGGCGCCUCAUCGUCUCGGCUCCUCCUCCGGGCGCCUCAUCGUCUCGGCGCCUCCUCCGGGCGCCUCAUCGUCUCGGCGCCUCCUCCGGGGGCCUCAUCGUCUCGGCGCCUCAUCGUCUCGGCGCCUCCUCCGGGGGCCUCAUCGUCUCGGCGCCUCCUCCGGGGGCCUCAUCGUCUCGGCGCCUCCUCCGGGGGCCUCAUCGUCUCGGCGCCUCCUCCGGGGGCCUCAUCGUCUCGGCGCCUCCUCCGGGGGCCUCAUCGUCUCGGCGCCUCAUCGUCUCGGCGCCUCCUCCGGGGGCCUCAUCGUCUCGGCGCCUCAUCGUCUCGGCGCCUCCUCCGGGGGCCUCAUCGUCUCGGCGCCUCCUCCGGGGGCCUCAUCGUCUCGGCGCCUCCUCCGGGGGCCUCAUCGUCUCGGCGCCUCCUCCGGGGGCCUCAUCGUCUCGGCGCCUCCUCCGGGGGCCUCAUCGUCUCGGCGCCUCCUCCGGGGGCCUCAUCGUCUCGGCGCCUCCUCCGGGGGCCUCAUCGUCUCGGCGCCUCCUCCGGGGGCCUCAUCGUCUCGGCGCCUCCUCCGGGGGCCUCAUCGUCUCCUCCGGGGUCUGGUUUUAUAAUACAGGGGUCUGGUCUGGGGGCCACCAUAUCCGUGCUGAUCUAUUGAUUAUUCCUAGACUUGCUUACUCGUUCUAA